UCACAGAAUAUAGCAAUCGUUUUUCAUUUAAACAAUUGUGAUAGUCACUGCUGUGAUUUAAAUAUUUUAAAUUCUAUUUUUUAGGUCUCAGGUCCGACAUUUAUCGAAGGAUUCAUGAAACGAUAUUAUAGGCAGUUUAGAGAAAAACUUUCUGUGUACAAAUCAUGUAUAAAACGCAUCAACAGAGGAUACUAUCUGCAUUGUUGUAUUAUAAGAGAAUCAUAAGGAGGAUAACAAAUACCUCGAUGCGAAAAAAUCCGCAUUAUGUACUGAGCUACGUUUUCCUUGAAUAUCUAUAUCGCAGAUUUCAAAGAUUGUUCAAACAAAAUUUCGAAUGGGUCACAUUGCCAGAUGCAGUUUUAAAACGCAUGCUGGAUGAUCUGGAAAUAAUAUGGAACGAAUACGUCGAUUGUCAUUCUUGUGCAAUAGUAAAUGUGGAGGAAAAAUUAUCAAGUUCCUGGUUCAAUGUUUGCUCAAUGAUGUCAAUGACAAAAUAUAAAUUAAUGAUUAUAUCGGUGUCGGAUAUCGACAAGAACACUAUCCUAAUCUCUGAAAUGACAAAGCACAAUCUGCGAAACGCUUUUCACUGCGAGCAAUUGGAUAAUACGUGUUUUAUACUACCAUUGGAAGACGAUGUGAUUGAGUUUGCAUCCGAGGCGAGAAUAUCUUUAGUUGCCAAUCCGUACGAUUGCGCGACCGAAACGCUGGAUAUCAUGUUACAAAAUUACUUUUUGCAACCCCGAUUUUUGCACGUGAAUGACAUGUUUAAGAUCGACGCAAAGGAACAUGCCCAAGAUCGAUUUUACUCGUUUGGUUUUGCUGGAAUCUCCAUGAUGUAUUUUAUAGUUCAAGCUCUGAAAGUAAAUCGUAACGGGUACAGCAAUAACGUUAACAGUUGUUACGUUGUACGUGGAGAGUCAGCGCUUAUUCAGGAAGCACAAGUCCAUGAUUAUAUUUCUCUGGAAUGUGUUUGCUCACUUCCCGAUUCAUUUUUACAGCAAAACAGAGUGAUACCAAAUCACAAAUAUCCGUCAGCUCUAAUGGAACCUAUGGAAUAUUUAGAAUCUUGCAUUACACCAUUUUUAAAAAAGGAUCUUGCAAAUGUUCGAUUGAACAUAAAACCGGUAUUUCUUGUGAAAGGGCCACGGGGUUGUGGUAAACACGAAUUAGUUCGAGCAACGUCUAAAAAAAUGGGAUUGAACUUCCUCUGUGUUGACUUUGUAGAAGUGCAGACUUUGACGUCGGCACAGACCGAAGCUAAGCUUCGCAUAACGCUACAAAAUGCACAAAAAUGCGUGCCAUGUAUGCUAUAUUUAAAUAAUAUUCAAGUAUUCGGUAAAACUGCCGAGGGUCAAAAAGACGAAAGGGUCAUAUCCUUCUUCUCGACAGAGAUCGCCGCGUUAUACAACAGACGCCACAAAUUUCCUCUCAUUAUCGUAGCUGCGUCGGAUGAGACUGACAUGCCUGCAGAAUUACAACGGGUCUUUAUCGAGACGAUUCACAUGAAACAUUUAAAUCAGAGCAAACGAGCGGAACUGAUAUCUUGGUUGCUGUUUAACAGAAAUCUAAAGACUAUUGCGGACCUAUCAAAAGUAGCUUGUCUUUGCUCGGAUUUUAAAUUCACGGAUCUGUUAGCGUUGUCAUUACACGCAACCAAAUUUCGAUGCAAAUCAACGUUGCACGCAAAUCAGAAAUGCACGCUUACUUUGGAACAAGAAGAUUUCGCUCGAGCUUACGAAUAUAUGCAGUCCGUGUACUCCGAUAGUAAAGGUGCUCCACGCGUGCCGGAAGUCCAUUGGGAGGACAUAGGCGGGUUAACUGACUUGAAACACGAGAUUAUUCGCAGAAUUCAAUUGCCUCUAUUGAAUGCUUUCGGAUUCGGACAAUCUGGAUUACUAUUAUAUGGCCCACCUGGCACUGGAAAGACUCUUCUCGCUAAAGCAGUGGCGACGGAAUAUCAGAUGCACUUUUUGUCAAUUAAAGGUCCGGAAGUGCUAAAUAUGUACGUCGGUCAAAGCGAGAAGAACGUAAGGCAAAUUUUCAAGCGUGCGCGCUCCGCGACCCCUUGCAUCGUCUUUUUCGACGAACUGGACUCGUUGACACCCAACCGAGGUAGAAGCGGGGACAGCGGUGGUGUAAUGGAUCGCGUGGUCUCUCAAUUACUGGCCGAGAUGGACGGUCUCGAGGAGUCCGGCAGCAUAUUUAUCAUAGGAGCCACGAACAGGCCCGAUCUCAUAGAUCCCGCGCUACUCCGACCGGGAAGAUUUGACAAAAUGCUCUACGUCGGUAUCCACUCCGAUCACGCAUCCAAGCUCAGUAUGUUGAAAGCACAGACACGUAAAUUCAUGUUUCAAGAAAAUGGACGGGAGUUGGAACGUAUCGCGGAACGAUUGCCCGACAAUGUCACUGGGGCAGAUUUGUACUCGGUCUCUUCCAAUGCAUGGCUCAAUGCCGUACGCGAGGUACUUGCAAAGCAUCAGGAAACUGAGAGACUUAAUAAGGAUUAUUCCGUCGAAGAGGAAGGUGUAAUUAAAGACAACGUUAUUGUAGAAUUGCGCCAUUUUUCCAAUGCUAUUUGUAACUUGGUACCUUCAGUUACUGAUGAAGAAAUAAAAAGAUAUAAUGAAAUGCGAGUAGAGUUAUCAUCGUUGUAAU